AAGAUUAUGGAGUAUAUGGAAUUGUUUAAGAAAAUGGUUGCUGUUGGUUGUAGGCCUACUGUGAUCACUUGCAACACUUUGAUUGAUGGAUUGUGUAAAACAGGGAAGAUAAGUGUUGCCAUUAAGUUGCAUGAAGAAAUAGCUAAGGGGAAUAAAAAAUCUGGUGUUAUUUGUAGGCCAGAUGUUGUUACUUAUAGUACUAUAAUUGAUGGUCUUUGUAAGGCUGGAUUAAUUGAGAAGGCUAGAGAAUUGUUUUUGGAAAUGAAGAGUUCGGGAAUUAGUCCAAAUGUGGUCACUUAUACCACUCUAAUCCAUGGUUUGUAUUGUGCGGGAGAAUGGGAGAAGGGUAAAAAUCUAUUUAUUGCAAUGAUGGAUCAAGGUGUGUGGCCUUCUGUGGUGACGUUUAGUGUGCUCAUGGAUGAACGUUGCAAGAAAGGGAAAUUAGAUGAAGCAAAUAUGUUGUUGGAGCUUAUGAUUCAGAGAGGUGUGGUUCCUAACAUUUAUACUUACAACCUUUUAAUUAAUGGAUUGUGUAAAACAGGGAAGAUAAGUCUUGCCAUUAAGUUGCUUGAAGAAAUGACUAAGGGAAAUGAAGAAUAUGCUGUUAUUUGUAGGCCAGAUGCUGUUACUUAUUCCACUAUAAUUGAUGGUCUUUGUAAGGCUGGAUUAGUUAAGAAGGCGAGAGAAUUGUAUUUGGAAAUGAAGAGUUUGGGAAUUAGUCCAAACGUUGUAAUAUAUACCAUCUUGAUCAAUAUGCUUUGUAAAAAUGGACAACGAGAAAAGGCAAUUGAGUUGUUGUCACAUAUGGAGGAAAAAGGUUGUGCUCCAAAUGUAGUCACAUUUAAUACCCUUAUAUUUGGUUUCCUCAAGAAUAAUGAGACACAAAAAGUUGUUGAACUCCUUCAUAGGAUGGCAGAGACAAAUGUUAGGCCAAAUGAAUGUACAAUGUCCUUAAUCAUGCAGUUACUAAUGAAGGACAAAAAAUAUCGUGAAUGUUUGAACUUGCUUCCUUCAUUUCCUGUCCAAAAGCCAAUUUGAAGUUUUCAUGAUAAAAAUUUAUCCAGUGGUUCACUUUUUCAGAGCAGUAUCCUUGUCAGGAGAGCAUUAUUUGACAUCAUUGAAAUAUGAAACUGCAAAAGCUUCAGCCAGCUGCAGAAAGACGUUAUCUUUGUUGCCGUAAGAAGAAUGCAGUUGACAUGAGAACAUUGCUGUCAAGAGAAAUAUGUUCUGCUGUCAUACAUGCAGUUAUUGUAACAAUGAUCCAUGAAGAUUUGGUUGAUAUGGGAUUUCAAACUGUCAGUGGAAUCUAUGAAGCAGCAUGGUCUAAAAAUGGACUUGGGUAAGAUUCCCUUUAUCUUAUAUAACGGUGUUACCUUUUUAAACCUUGAAGGACAAGGUCUAGUGCUAGCCAUUUGCCAUUAAUAGGCUUUUAACUAUGCUAUAAGUCUGUUUUUUAGAUCUAAAUCAGUUUUAAAUGUUUAUAGAUUUCAUUGGAUCAUUGGUUUUGUCAGUUAUUAAAAUUUAUUGCAGACGUAAAUUGGUGGAUGUGCCGAUUAACCAUUUACUUGACAAGCUGCAUGAUUAUAAGCACCAAGAGAACCUCAAGCAUAAUUCAGACAAAGACACAAAAAGAGAUAUCGAUCAACAAGUUGUCGGAUGAUGACUUCACUAAGGAAGAAUGUAAGGAUUUGUUUCAGAGAUGAAAGAUGGCCUGCUAAAAAGGUCAACUGUUUGGAUUGCUAGAGGGCUGGUUUUGUUACAAAAUUGCAUUGAUCAAGCAAAUGAAAGGAAUUGUGUGGAAGAAUAAAUAUCCUUUCGAUGAUGUAGUUUUUCAUACAAAAUUAGACUAUUAGUGAACUGAAAACAAUUGUUUGUGUAAGCAGAAAGUAAUCAUUGGAAUGUUUUAAAGAAAGGACCAGUAAAAGGGAACUGAAAAUUUCAUUCUAAAGCAUGUUCAAUUGUGUUUCGAAAUGUAAUUGAUCCUUAACCCUCAUUUUUGUAUACUAUUGUCAAGAAAAAGAACAGCUUGUUGCUGCUUGAGACUCCAUCAGAACAACUGUGGUUAUUGAAUAGAUUCCGGAAGUAAUUGCAGACACUCAAGAUCCUGAACCUGCCCACGAGGACAGUAAAAUAGAAGAAGAGCAUGAUGUUGGCUCACUUGAACCAGCCCUCUGAACAACUGAAAAUCCUGGCUCUAAUCUUGAAGGCAAUGGAAUUGCUUGCUGCUGAAAUGAUAUAAUAGAUGUUGCAGCUCCACCAUCAGAAGCCUUGACUAGAAUCAUUGAGUCUGAUCAAGAAGUAGCAACUGUCGAUAAGACAGCGGAAGUCAGGAACCUUUUAGUUGAGGAAACUGCAGAUGAGCCUGCAAUGGAAUUGGCACCAGGACUAGCUCCCAUUUCUUCUACAUUCCAAGACCAAGAUUCUGCUGCCUCAGUACAACCUACUACACCUCCUUUAACCAUGGUGUAGAUUCCUCCCCUCCUAGAUAAGUCUGCUGAACCUUGCUAGCUCUGUACCUUCAACCCAUCUGGAGAGUGAGGUGAUGCAAGGAUCUUCUUUGCAAAACAUGAGAAUAUGCUUGAUGAUUCUCUUGAGGCUCUACCAGGGUGUUCACAGUAGCCAACGGUAACUAGUCAUGAGAUCAGUGACGCAAAAGAGUUUAUUCGUCGCUGCUGCCUCAUGGGAUUUGAGCAUCUCUCUGUCAAGAUCAAAGGGAUAAGUUUCUUGCAUUUGUUGAUGAGCACUGACAACUUCAACUUCGACAGAAAAUGAAUGUAUUGCUUCUUCAGAGGAACAAGCCAGGAGUCUUGCGGAAUCAACGAGAACAUCCAAAAAUGCUCCAAGUCAAUACAAUCAUAGAUCUGAUGCCUUGGAGAUGGAUAAGCAAGAUUGUGAUCAUGGAUGGCCUCUUGGGAUGACUUCAGAAUAGAGAUAGCAAAGCAAAGCUAAUUGAGACUAAUACCAUAAUUUUCAAGUUGUAUCCUGAAAAGCUAAUUGACAAGAGUUCAACUUCAGAUCUUAUGCAGUAUUACAUGAUGCAUUACGUUGGCAUUAGAAUCUUCAGAUUCUACUCUUAAGAAUUUAAUGCUUUCUUUUACAAUAGAAACCUUUUUUAUUAAUUAGUAUAUUUGUGAUUUGGAGAAUAGUCAU